AUGCGAGAAUCUGCAAUUAUUAAUCUUGACGAUAGAAGCGGCCCAGGGACACAUUGGGUUGCGUACAAGCAAAAUGGUGGCCAUGUUGCGUAUUCCGAUAGUUUCGGUGAUUUGAAACCGCCUCAGGAGCUGAUGAGGUAUCUCGGUGUUGGUAGCAUUGAAUACAAUCAUAAGAGGUAUCAGGAAUAUGAUACUGAUAUUGAAAAAUUUCUGCGUAAGGAGCUACACUCUGACAUCACCCUCAGUCUGAGAGCUAACGACAACGAGCUGAACGGUGAAGUUACGUGCAAUCAUGUGAACAACGAUGAAAUCCAUAUUGUUGUUCAACAUCAAGACUUGUGUCUACUGCUCAGUAAAAGCUUUUUACACAUUCAUGGAAAAAUUACAAAGGUCGAUGGUGUGAAUGCGGUGACGACUAUGAAAUUGAUCAGUAUGGCUGUUUGCCAUUUGUUUGCGGAAGUUUGCUACGAGUUGAACGGUAUGGAGAUUGAUCGAAAGAAAAAUGUUGGUAUCACCAGCGUUAUGAAGGGUCACUUAUCCCUAACUCCCGGUCAGCAAUAUAGUCUGGAGAAUACUGGUUGGUUGAGCGAUGAUGCCGAACUAACCGAUGCUUCUGAAAAUUUCGACGUUGUUCUACCGUUGAGUUGUAUGCUGGCCUUCGUCGAAGAUUAUUGUCGUGUCAUUGUCAAUGAUAAACACGAGUUGAUUCUGACACGUUCCAACACCGAUUUGAAUGCGGUGAUUCAGGCCCCGCCUAUGGAAAACUUCAAAAUUACCCUCAAUAAAAUCGAGUGGUUGCUAACCUACAUUAACCUGGCCGAUGAGCCGAAAAUCCAGCUACUCAACUACAUUGCCAAGGAUCUGGCCAUAUCCAUGAGUUUUCGUUCUUGGAAAACGUACGUGUAUCUGAUGCUCCCAUCAACGACUAGGCAUGUGUGGGCGGUUAAGACAUCGACGCACUUGGAGAAGCCGAGAUAUGUCAUUCCAGGAUUUCAAACUGCACGAAAAAACGAUCCGCAGAAAAAUGCCAGUGAAUUAGAUCAUUGUCGAAUCAGAGAUGUAAAACUCUUCCUCAACUCGCAGUGUUAUCCCCACGGGAAUAUGAAUCUUGAUACAUCCAAUAAUCAAUACGCCAUUCUCUACAACAUGUAUGUUCAAUUUCAAACGGUCUACUACAACAAAAAGGCCGAACUUUGUUAUCGAAGCAUGAAUUUAUAA